GCGCAGAGAGCGGGUUCUCAUUCUGCACAUCGGCGUCGUAGCUGUCGGAACGCGAUAUUAACCAGUGUCAGGAGUGGCUGACUGCUGGUAUUUUUGCAGCCUAAUUCUACAGAGUAAUCAUGGUUGGUGUUUAAAAUUAAAGAGAGGUGUCUCACGGUGCUUUGGCGCCUAGUGAAGACAAAGGGAAGGAAACACCAUCUUGAUCUAAGGUGAAGGACUUGGGGAGUUACUGACACGAAGAGAGCGUCUAAGAUCUUGAGAAGAAGCCUCUUCAUCAAGGGAAUCUGAGUGUCAAGAACUUUUGGAACAGAAGUUGAAAGAAAACCCCAUCAAAAUGCCGAAGAGUUCCACUAGUUUUUACACCAGCAACAUGUCGCUGGCAAGUUUGGAUCGAGCCAAAGAUUUUGUCAAAGGCUCAUUAAAAGCUCUGAACAUCGGAAGUUCCAUGGAACAUCGAAUGGAAUGCGAGCAGCCAAUUCUAGAAGCUUCGUCAAGUAAUACGUCUGUGAAUACAGAGGAAGUGCAAGGCUGGACACCUUUGCUGGUGUUGACAGGGGUGGCUACAACUGUAGGUUCAUCUAUUCCUGUUGGCUACAACAUCGGUGUAAUGAACACUCCAGCGCAUAUAAUUCGUGAGUUCUGCAAUGCAACAGUGGCUGAUCACUAUGGAAUCAAUAUGGGCCCAUCUCAAUUAAACAUCCUCUGGUCCAUCAUUGUUUCAAUCUUCCUUGUGGGCGGGGUGACUGGCUCACUGAGUGGAGGUUGGGUGGCUGAUCGCUUUGGAAGGAAAGGAGCUGUGAUAAUAAACAACAUUCUGGGUAUUUUGGCAGCCAUCUUGUUUGUAAGCUCACGGCAUGCAGGCUCAGUGGAGAUGCUUCUUCUGGCUCGCCUCGUUGUUGGUCUCUCCUCUGGUCUUGUCACAAGUACCAUUCCAAUGUAUCUGACUGAGAUUUCUCCUCUUAGCAUCCGUGGUGCUAUGGGUGUCUUGUGCCCCCUAGGGAUCACUGUUGGAGUCCUUGUUGCUCAGAUUUUAGGACUCAAGAGUGUACUAGGUCAAGAUGACACAUGGCAUUAUCUGCUUGGGCUGUUUGCCCUUCUUACCCUUUUGUCAAUGGUGGCUUUUCCAUUCCUUCCAGAGAGCCCAAAGUUUCUCUACAUUGUACGUGGACAUGAAGAGAAGGGGAUAAAGGAGCUGUCUCGUCUGCGCGGUGUGGCACCCGAGCAACUGGCGGAUGAGUUGGAGGAUCUGCGUGCAGCUCACAAGGCAGAGCAGGAGUUGGCAGCCGGUGGGGUCUCCUGGAGCAUGGGGAGUGUCGCUCGUGCCCCAACCCUUCGUCUUCCUCUCAUGUUGGUCUGCGCUCUUCAGGCUGGACAACAGUGCAGUGGAAUUAAUGCUGUGUUCUACUACUCGGUUACCAUCUUUGAAAGUGCUGGUUUGAGUAAACAAGGUAGCCAGUAUGCAAGCAUUGGUGCUGGUGGCAUUAACCUCCUCAUUACAAUCAUUGCCAUCCCUCUGGUGAACCGAUGUGGGCGCCGUAAGCUGGCUCUUGCCAGCUGCUGGACUGCAGCCAUCUGCCUAGUCGUACUUUGUAUUUCAAUUACUUAUAUUAAUGCUGUGUCUUGGAUGCCGUAUUUUUGCAUCUUUACCGUCCUUGCAUAUGUUUUUUGCUACGGUUUUGGAUUGGGUCCCAUUCCGUAUUUCAUCGGCUCAGAAUUGUUCCAAGUGGGUCCUCGUCCAGUUGCCAUGUCUUUCGGCAGCAUGGCCAAUUGGUUUGGUAACUUCAUUGUUGGAAUGACUUUCCCUAGCCUUCAAGGCCUCAUUGGGCAAUACUCAUUUCUUCUGUUUGCCACGACUACUGUAUUUUUGGCUCUCUUUCUCAAGUACUAUCUGCCAGAGUCUAAAGGUCAUGACCCUUGUGACAUAGCUGAAAUGCUCAAGUAUGGUCUCCGUAGUCGGAUAAAUGUCCCAUUGUCAUCUUCCCAAAAGAAGCAUCGUAAUUCUUCUGUCUGUGCCCCAGAUGCAGUGAGCAUCUCAUCUCGCCAUCGCCGCUUUUCAGAUAUCAAGAAUCCGGAUUCCCUUGUUCUGGAGAUUCCUUCCCCCCUGUCUCCAUCUGAAGUCUUUUCUAACUCAAGCAUGUUGGGCUCCCCAGCUGCUAUCAUUCAGCAGAACAAUUCAUAUACAAAUCUUCCUGCCAUUCCUGAGCUCCCAGGUAAGAACUCCAUUCUCCCUUCCAUCCUUACAGAGUCCAGUGCUAACAACGUUCCUUCCCCACUCCCUAUGCAUCCUGUGCGUUCCAUGUCACGAAUGAUGCCAAGUAUACCAGAAAACUUGGCAGGUACUAACAGCCGACUGGAGCAAGUGCUGACACCCAUGGUACAGAUGUCUGAUGGUCAUGAUGUGGCUGACGAACACAGUGGCAAAUACUUGCAGAGAGAUAAUCUGUAAUUAGUUAUUCAAGUUCAUUCUAAGCAUUAAUCCAGUUACAGAUGUGGUUGUUGUGGACAAAAGGAGGGAACAGAUCAAGAAUAUGUAGGAUACUGGGUUGAUGCCUUCUUAUGCCUCAAACUGAGAGCUUAUGGUGUAUGAUCUUGGUGUGUCUGAUUGGAGUAAUUUUAAAUUCAGAAAGCAAGCUGGAUUAAUGUAUAGCAUGAAGCACUUGUUCACAAUUUUAAAGACAGCAGUAAAUUGCAACUCAUUUACUAAUUUAUUUUUUCAGCACUUCUUGUCAGUCUGUAUCAACCUGCAUUUGUAUUAGUGUUCUUGGGAUUAUGAUGAUCAGUUUAUGUUGUAAACUAGGGGUUGAACAGUGUUUUAAAGUCCAGUAAACAAAUAUUUUAGUUUCCCAGGUGUUCCUGUUGACUCUGAUUGAAGGUUAAGAUCCAUUUCUUCCUAUUGUACUGCCUGUUUUAAACUAGGCCAGACAUAAAACAAUGGAGGAAAAGGAAAAUUGAAAUUAAAAGACAUUGGUUGUUAAGACACGCUAAUUUAUGAAUCUUAAACAUUGUUGAAUAUGGUUUGCCAUUUCCUUUGUGCCUCAAAUGAUGGCCUGACUGCCAAACCCAAAUGACAAACAUAAAUCAACGCUUUUUAUUCAUCGCUGGUGGCAAGGCACCUGUAUCGUUUAACCCCUGGUACUAACAAUAUUUACUCAUAUUAGAGGGUGAAUUAUUCACAUUCAUCUCUGCAGGGUUUGAUUUGUAAUUUUUCACACCAAAGGAUUAAUGGGUACUUUGUUUCAUGACUGCAGUAACUAUUAAGACAGUAAUCUGAGGUAGUAGACCUCCUGCAACUACAAAUCAGGCCCUGUACUUAACACCAUUCAGAGACAGGUGUUAUAACUUGAUUUAAAAGUUAUGAAGUGUAAAAGAAUGUUGUGAAUUCCAGUUACCUGUGUGUCUGGCUAAUGAAGCAGAAAAAAGAGUUUUUAUAUUCAGGUUGUCACGUUAUAGAUCCUUUUAGAGAUCUGUUUGCAUGGUGCCAUGUUUUUAAAAUUUGCCAAUUAGGUGCAUCACAAAUAUGAUUACAGCUGGAAUUCUUAACUGUACUUUAUUAAUAUUUCAGUAGCCUGUUGUGUUAAAUGAUCACUUGCAGUCUUCUUCCAUCCAUAAUGCAAUAAUAUCAGUAUAGAUUUAGACAACACUAAUCCACUUAGUUCACUGAAAUGUUUAUGUGCUACGUGUUUUGGCCACAGAACCUUGUCUGAAGAUGGUGAUCUUCAGGCAAGGAAUCCUUAAAAGUGUGUUCCCUGAAGAUGGCGCUGUGUGGCCGGAACAUGUAGCGCAAAAGCAUUAAAUGUAUAUAUAUAUAUAUUUUAGUGACAUUCUUAAACAUUUUAACAAACAUUUUAGUGAAUUAAAUGUGGAUUAUUGUUGUCUAAAUCUAUAUUGAUAUUGUUGCAUUAGAGACUUAAGAAGACUACAGGUGUACAUUAUUAACUUUAAUUUAUGUAAAAGUGACAUUUGUUUUGUUUCUGGAACAGGCUUUUAGUAACCUCCAUUGUCUGUGCAAUGCAUGAUAUAGUUUCAUUUCUGUAACUUGCAACACAAUGCUCUAAAAGGCUGGAAAUCUUUAUAAUAUUGUAUUUUAAUAGAUAAAAAUAUCUUGCAGUAUAUUAUUGGCCAUGAUAAUUGUGAAAGAUGUUUUCAAGUGGAGGUAGAAGGAUAGUAAAAAGAACUUGCAUAAUCCAGUCACAUGUAUGUACUUACACAACAUUUACUCAUAACUGUCUGAAUUUUCCAUAGCUUUUUACCUUCUCAUGUAGAAGCAUGAGAGUAAGUUUCAUUGAAUCACUGGUGCUUUUUACUCUGAAUGUGUGUUAAAAACUUUGAUAUUAAAUCACAAAACAGUAUUUUUGAGGUGGAAAGUGGAACAGGCAUGCACAAAUUGUACAGUAUGUAUGUGUGUUGAUGGCGCUGUCCUGGAUAUGACAUUGCCACAUUAUUUCCAAUUUUAAAUUGCAUAAUAUUGUAGAUUUAAGAUUUUUUAUGAGUAAAAGUAUAUAGUUGAUUAAAAUUAUUUAUCUAAAGA